AAAUUAGUAACCCUUUGCUUUGCUUUGCAUGCCUCUAUAUAAACUCAUCAAUCACAUAUCUCUUACCUUUAAAAAUUAAAACCCACAAUGGUUUCUUUCAUCUUUUCUCUCUUACCUCUAUUCUUCUUUAUCAUGUUCCUCAUUUACAAAACAUGGAAUCAAGCAAAACACUACACUAAAAUACCCUCGGGCCGAAUGGGCCUCCCUUGGAUCGGAGAAACGAUUGGUUUUUACCGAGCUCAACGUUCAAAUCAACUGUUUGAAAACUUUUUCCAGCCGAGAAUCAACAAGCAUGGGAAAAUCUUUAAAACAAAGCUGAUGGGAUCGCCCACAGUGGUGGUAAACGGGGCUGCAGCGAAUAAGUUCUUCAUGUCGAACGAGUUUAAACUGGUGAUAAGCUCAUGGCCCACUUCAUCUGUAGAGUUGAUGGGUAAGAAUUCCAUCAUGGAGAAACAAGGAGACUCACACCGUUGCCUUCGUGGUAUCAUCGCUUCCACGCUUUCACCAACUGGGCUGCCAACAAUGGUGCCAAGAAUGUGUAGAUUGAUUCGGAAACACCUGAUGAAAAACUGGGGACAACGCGAUGAAAUGAUUAGUCUACAUCGGUCUACAAAAGUACUUACUUUUGCCAUUGUUCUUGAAUGCUUGUUUGGGAUCAGGAUUGAUGCGGAUACAAUGUUUGGAGUGUUUGAGAAUGUUUUAGAAGGUGUUAUGGCUGCUCCGAUUAAUCUCCCCGGGACAAAGUUCUCGAGUGCUAAGAAAGCAAGAGCCAAGAUACAAAAGGCGUUGGUCGAUGAGGUACAAAAGAAGAAGGAAGCAAUGGAAGCUGGCGGCAGAGAUGAAGACGACGCGAUGCUGCUUUCUAAUUUGGUGGCUGCUUUGAUCAGAGGUGAAGUUACAGAAGAUGAAGUUGUUGAUAAUAUAGUUUUGUUAGUUUUCGCCGCUCAUGAUACAACUUCUUACGCGAUCACGAUGAUGUUUAAGAUGCUUGCUAACCACCCUGACUGCUACACUCUUCUUCUUAAAGAACAUGAAGACAUUGCGAUAACCAAAAGACGAGAAGAAGAUUUGACGCUUGAAGAUGUGAAGAAAAUGGAGUACACGUGGCAAGUGGCUCGCGAGACAAUGCGAUUGUGCCCUCCGAUAUUCGGGUCGUUUAGAAAAGCUACAGCUGAUAUUGAAUUUGAAGGGUUUAUUAUUCCUAAAGGGUGGAAGGUGCUUUGGACUGCAUAUGGAACACAUUAUAAUGAAGAAUAUUUUCCGGAUCCAAUGAGUUUUAACCCAAGUAGGUUUGCGGAUCCGGUUCAAGCUUAUGCUUUUAUACCAUUUGGUGGCGGGCCACGGCUCUGCGCAGGGUAUCAGCUAGCAAAGCUUAAUAUUCUUGUAUUUAUGCAUUAUGUCGUUACACGAUAUGACUGGUCGUUAGUGUACCCUGAUGAGCCAGUAGUCAUGGACCCGCUCCCGUUUCCUUCUAAAGGCAUGCCUAUAAAAAUUUCUCCUAAACACGGUUACUAAUUCCAUCUAUAGUGUUUAUUCGUCACAAGUCACCGAUCACAGAUCGAGCACGCUGCUGCCUGCUGAUCAUGAGGCUAGGCAGAAUAUGUUAUCAAAGCAUGUAGGCUGAUAGAGAACAUGUGCUUUCUAACUACUUUUCAGAGUUUUAUUCUCUCAUCUCUUUAUAUAUAAGCAUAGAUUUGGAAUUUUAUCGUUCACAGAUUUGUUCUUUAAUUCCCAUAUAUACUUUCCACAUGUAUGUAUGCAUUAAU